AUGGAUAUUGAUGUUGGAACAAUUGAUCGAAUAAAAAUUUGGCAUGAUAAUACUGGGAUAGGUUCAGCUUGGUUACUUGAUUCAAUAACAAUUCGUAAAAAACAUUCAACAUGUCGUCCUAUAACAAAUAUAUAUAUUCAACGUCUUGAAAAAAUAAGUGAAAUUUUAUAUCGUCAAUCUUAUGAACAAUUAAAAAAAGAUUAUAAUUUACGUUUACCAUCAACAAAAGAUAAUGAAGAACGUUCUAUAGAUCGACGAUAUUCAAAAUCAACAGAAUUAGAUGAUUUAGUAAAUAAUCGUAGUAUUUUACGUAGUCCAAUUACAUAUGAUAAAACUAAUUUACAAAAAAAAGUUCGAUGGGAUGAACAAAGUAUUGGUUCACAAGAUGAACCAUUAAUUAUAGAUACACAACAAAUGAAAAAUAAACAAAAAAUUAAACGUGAUAGUUCAUCCGAACGAAUUGAAACUGGUCAUUUUGAACAUCAAGCAUAUUGGAUAUCAUCUCAUAAUUAUAUUAAUAAUAUAUGGAAAAUUAAUUCUAUUGAAGAACUUAAUAAAUUUGAUUUAGAUGAAAAAACACGUUUAUUACUUCUAUCAGAUCGUUUAGCAAUAAAUACAAAAAUAAAAACAUCAAUCAAUGAAAAAGAUGAUGAUAUUUAUGAAUUUGAAGCUAAAUGUUGGUUAAGUAAUGAAAAAGGUAAAAAACUUGAAAUAUAUUUAAAUCCAAAAUCUAUUAAAUUAUCAACAAUUGAAACAAAAUCAAAAUUAUUAGAUCAAAAAAAAACUGAUAUAGAAAAACAAAAUAUUAUUUCAACAAAAAAAUCAUCUUCUUCAUAUCAAUAUGAUAAAUCUAAUGAUGAAAAUUUAAAACAUUCAUUAAAAUUUGAUCUUGGACCAUUAGAAAAAUCACCAAGAAGUCAAACAUCAUUAGAUAGAUCUGUACGUGAUACAUCAAAAAUAAAAUUUGAUGAUUCAUAUUCAUCACAACCAAAUGAUCAUAGUUCAUCAACAUAUCAACGUUCAAUAUCUCCUCAUACAAAUAAAAAUCUUAAAAUUUCAUCAACAAAUGAACAAAAUUUAUUAACUAAACCUUCAUAUGAAUCAACAUAUCAUUCACGAUUAACACCUACUUCAUUAAUAGAUACUCGAUCAUCACCAUCAUCAUUAUCUAAUCAAUAUUCAAAAACAUCAAGAUUUAAUAAAGAACCAAUGAGUCCAUUGAUGAGUAAUAGAGAUUUAUCUGAAAAAAUAUCAACUGAAUCAUCAACAAAACCAAAAUCCGUAACACGUUCGCCUAUUGAAACAUCUUCACAUAAAAUAACACGAAGUCAAGUAUAUGGUUCUGCUUAUGGUACAAUACCAAUGGAUGAUUUCUAA